AUGGACCACAGACUGAUCAUCUGGAUGUCCUUCUGGAUGCAAGGGCUCCUGUCUGAAAACAACAGCACUUCAACAGAGUCUGUCCACUUCAGGUUGGUGGGAGGAGCCAGUCGUUGUCAUGGUGAUCUGGAGAUGAAACGACAGAAUGGAAGCUGGAAACCAGUGGAUGGAAGCUACUGGUACAGGAAGUUAGGAAACAGAGUUUGUGCAGAACUGGACUGUGGAUCUGCAGUUUCACUGAGACGCAGAGAGAGGCGUUCAGAUAUAGAUUCUGAAUUGUUCAGGUAA